AUGUCACUCCUCCAACUCAAACUAGCCCCUAGUGCAUUCACAUCUCUCUCUCAUCCCUCUCAUAGAUUCAGACCCAACAGAACAAUCAAAAUUAGAGCAGUUGGCACUGUCCCUGAUCAGAAGAAUGCAGAAACCACACAAUCUAACAGCGAACCACCCUCUAUCGGCUUUGCAUUUGUCAGUUCAGUGUUGCUACCAGAUGGAACAGCAGAUGUGCAUUAUCGUUCUGCUACCGGUGGCCAGAAGCUUAGGAACAUAAUGUUGAAUUCUAAUAUUGAACUCUAUGGCCCUUAUGGUAGACUGUUGUUAAAUUGUGGAGGAGGUGGAACUUGUGCAACAUGUAUGGUUGAGGUUCUUGAAGGGAAGGAGCUUCUGAAUCCUCGCACCGAAAAGGAGAAUGAAAAAUUAAAAAGGAAACCAAAGACUUGGAGAUUAGCAUGUCAAACAGUUGUUGGUGAAGCAGAUUCCACAGGGGUGGUUGUGAUUCAACAAUUACCAGAGUGGAAAGGACAUGAAUGGAAAUAUGAAAAGGGUGAUGAUGAGUCUGCAGAAUCUUCCUGA